UAGGACUGAAGGCGUCAGUUAUUUUUGAUACCAGAAUCAGCUCUCCAUUUUUCUGUCAUGAGUCAUGAUGACUGAAUACUCUUCUCUCUCUUUCCUCCUCUUUCUCCUCCUAAUUCUCUGUCCAGUUGCCCCUUUCGCUGCCAAGCAUCAGCAUCAGCAUCGGCCACUUCCACCACCAUCACCGCCACCGCCACCACCUCCUCCGCUGCAUCAGCACCAACUGAACAACAUCAUUGACGCUCUCAUUGGAGCUGGGGACUUCAACAGUUGGGCAAACAUGCUUUCAGCCUCUGACGUCUUCAUGCUUCCACUUUCAGCUACCCUUUUUGUCCCUUCCGAUGAUUAUCUCUUCCCAUUCCCAGGUCAAGUCCCAACUUCCUCCACCGCCACAUUUGACCCUUUGAUCCUCCCUUACCACAUUGUCCCGCAACGCCUCACUUUCUCACAACUCACCCUCUUCAAGCCUUUCUCUCGCUUACCAACUUUACUUCCUUCCAAAUCCAUCCUCAUAACCAACACUUCCCUCUCCAACUUCACUCUCGAUGCCUCUCAGAUUUCCUACCCUGAUCUUUACCUCACAUCCGCCGUUGCUGUCCAUGGCAUUGCCGCGCUCCUCAACUACACUGCCUACGGUGGUGACGGCGGCCUUAUCCUUGCCCCCCCACUGCCGCCUCCACCUCCAAUAUUUCAGCCGCUGUGGGAUGGGGAUAUGAAGGGGUCGGAUGCAGGUUGCUUGUAUGGGGAGUUUGCAUUUGUUUUGUUGCUCAUCCCUUGGGUGGUUUGGACCAUCAAGAUUUAUGGGAAUCCUCUUGGUCUCUGAUGAGUUUUGCUUAAUUCUGGUAUUAAUCUGGGCUUAAUCACUGUUCCAUUGACUGUUUUCUUCAUGUGCCUAUUUUUGCUGUUCUUUGGGUACAUUUCCUUGUCU